AUGGAUGCAAUUAUGAAAUUAAUCAAAGAAACAUUGCCAAAUUUGUCUCAAGAAACACUUGAAAAUGUAAAGGAGAAGUUAGUUGAUAUUGGAGUUUCUGAUGUUGAUGACAUGCAACUGGUUCAAGAACAGGACCUUUCUGAUGUGUUAAAACCAAUUCAGAUACGGAAAAUUACACAGCUGCGCAUUGCAGGUUUGUUACUGUUUUGCACAAUGCACCCUUUCAAUAAUCACAUUGCCAGACUGGAAAAUUUGUAUUGUGCAAUUGAAUUUUGGCAGGCAAUCUCAAUGUGUAAAAUUCUCAAACUUUCCAGUCUGCUCACAUUACAUACAGUAUACUUCUGCUUGGGCUGGUAGGCAGAUUCAUAUACGGUAGACCUUCAUGAAGGGUCUGCUUUGUGAUGUGGCUUGCUGAUAAACAGAGCAAUUUUGCCAAUUAUGCACAAGAAAUAGCCAUGCAGAGUACCCAUUUAUCUGCAACCAUCACCAUAGAGCAGACUUUUAUACAGGUCUACAGUGUUGUAACUUUACUUUUUUGUCCACUUGCCCUCUGGGCAAGUUGGACAUGAAGGUUAGUUGCCCAGAAUAUAAUUCACUUGCCAUCACACAAUGGGCACUCGCCACUCGGGUAUAAAUUAAAAGGGCAAUUACGUAUCGAUCUGCUCUCCCACUGCCUUAUAUGGCUACAGUUUGUUAUGGACUGCCUCAGAUCUAGCCUUGCCCCACAAGAAACAAAAUUUGAAUCAAGUACAUGCACUAUAAAAAAUGUAUCUGACAAUGAAAACAUAAAGUUAAAGAUGCCCAGAUUUUUGUGGCAAGGCAACUUUCCCAAUCGGGCAAGCAAGAUAAAACAUUUACUUGCCCGUCAUUAUAUUCGCUUGCCGAGGGCAAGUGUUAAGUUACACCUCUGGUCUAUAUUGUACAGUAGUUUUAUAGAUGUUUCGUGUUUUUAUCUCUGGGUCCACAGUACUUAAGUGGUUACCCAGCAAUCACUUCAGUACGUAUAUGUGUGUGUCUGUGUUAUUGUCUAAUACCAUAAAAUGAUGGAAAAGCAAUUAAGGUGGCUCCAUACAGUUUUUAAAACAUUCAAGUGUACUGUACGACAGUUUGGCACUUUUAAACUUCAUGUUUUUAGGUUUUAUACGAUGGAUUUUCAUUUUGAGAUGUUCAUAUAUUUUAAUUUUCUUUCAAAUUAUGUUAGUACUUGUAACACAUUCAUUGCUAUGGCAUGCAUGUAAAGAAUUCACGCUAAGCUGGCCUGUUGGUUCCUGUGGUUCGAAAAAUAGCACGGUACCCCGAUUUUUUGUGCAUUAUUUUUCUAAAAAUGAGCAAAAUAUAAAAAUUCUGUUAAGUAAUGCCAAUUUAUUUAAACAGGUAAAAAAAGUCAUUUUCGAUCAAGGGAGCAUGCCAGAAAUAUUUGUGUAAAUUUAUACUAACCUUUUAAUUACAUGUAAAUGUUUCAAUUUUCAUCGGGCGCCAUUUUGAAUGUUGAAACCGGUAUAUAUUAUUAGCUUAUCGCAGGCGCAAUAAUUUAUGUUCAUCUUUGACAUUAAUUUAUGUUACACGAUGAUACUCCGAAGGGCGACCGAGAAAGAUCCGAAAUUUAAAAUAAGGCGGAGAAAUAAUAAAAAAUAAAGAGGGGAGUGAAGCGGCCGGACACGUGAUGGGGUAUUGGCCAAUGACAAUGCGUAUAUCCAAUUUCGUUAUCUGGCCAUGCUCGUUGACCAAGAACUGUCGAAUCUGAAAUAUAUCAAAACUUGAAUUGAUUUGCAUCGUUGCUUGCCAGCAGCGAAUUUUCGACAGCAGAGAAACAAAAACAUUUGCGAAUGCUGGACACAAAAUACAGUAUUAAUAAUUCAUGAAGAAAAUUCAAAAGAAAUGAAUGUUUAAUCAAUGUAUGUAAAUCGAUCGGAUAAAAGAUUUGUAAAUUGUCCUCAUUUACAUAAACUUCAGCUUCGAUUUUCUCGGCUUAGACAAUGUUUAUUUUUAAAAUUACUUCGCCAAUGAACUCAUAUGAUGGGUCGUCUUUUAAGCACGUUAAAACAUGAGCAGCCGAUGUUUAUCUGAUAUACAAACUCUCGCCAUUGUCCCCAAUUUUAAUAAUAUAUUCUAUUGUGACUCGCUUAAAUAUAAAACAACGGUAAAUCCGAAAAUAAUAAAAAAAAAUUAUUUUCGGAGUUACCGUUAAAAUACUCAGUGGUUAAAUACUCAGUGGUUUUACUCCCGUAAUAGUAGGUCUCAUUUUAUUUCCGGUUUGUUCCUAGCAACAUCAAAUGCGCCUAGCAACAGUCAACCAGCAUCAGUGGAUAAUAGUUCAGCCGUUUCACUCCCCUCUUUAUUUUUUAUUAUUUCUCUGCCUUAUUUUAAAUUUCGGAUCUUUCUCGGUCGCCCUUCGGAGUAUCAUCGUGUAACAUAAAUUAAUGUCAAAGAUGAACAUAAAUUAUUGCGCCUGCGAUAAGCUAAUAAUAUAUACCACUUUCAACAUUCAUUCAAAAUGGCGCCCGAUGAAAAUUGAAAACAUUCACAUGUAAUUAAAAGGUUAAUAUAAAUUUACACAAAUAUUUCUGGCGUGCUCCCUUGUUUCGAUAUAAUGAAAGACUUUUUGCAAUACAAUUCAGUAUGCAAAAUUUGAAGAUAGGUACCAGAUAUUUACACUGGUUUGUUCACAUAGUAAACAUUUUGUCCAUGCGACAAUUGCACAAUGGAUAUUGUGGAAUCAAUAUAUCGAGCCACAUUAAUUUAAAUUGGAGCAUUAGCCCCAAAUAGGGAAAUUUCACAUGUAACGUGGCUGGGCAAACGGCAUACUGUAUAACCCCAAAUUUUGACUGCAUAUAAAGCCAAGACUAAUUUGCUCUUCUGGGGUCAUUUGUCUCUUCUUGUUUUGUUAGUGUCCUACAGUAAGUAUUUGCGCAAUCAGAACUUUUGGAACGGUAGACAACCAACAAUUUCCCUGUGUGUGUUGGAAGGCCAAAGAGCUAGGCUAAUCUUGUAUGAGAAUUAUGCAAACUCCAUUUUGAGCAAGUGCACAUUUUGAUCCGCUGUAAUGUUUAUUUACACAAUAUAGCUAAGAGUUUCCAAACGCACGAGUUGUCCCUCAACAAAGAUGACUCCAGUGGAAAUUUGUCAGACAAAAGCGACAGCUUGUUUGACUCUCCAUCAACUUCACGUUGCAGCACUCCUAGUGAUACCGAAAUUACACCAUCACAAAAACCAAGACGAGAGAGCAACACUGCCAAACCAACGAGUGUCUCCAAGACUGCAAACUGGGUUGCAAACUUCAAAAUCCCUUGGCACAAAUUCCCCAAGGCUAUACUUGAAGCUUGUGAAAACAAAGUUCGACCACAGCCAAAAUAUCGGCGAGAGAUGGUACGUAUCCUUUGUGAAGAAAUUCAACAACACUGUGCCUUCCCUGGGCGAAAGACCCUUUCCAAGAUUGCAGAAACGGUGGUAGAAAAAUACACCGAAUCGUUCCAAGAUGAACUUGGGGGUUCAGUUGUUGGCUCUGGUUUUGAAUCAUUUCGCAAGCAAAUGGAGGAACGGCUGUACAAUGAAUUGAGAAAGGAUAAUAAGUCUGUGUCGCUUACUAUGAGAUUGAAUACAUCACGUGAUGAUAAUUCGACUCCUAAAGGAAAGACAGGGAAACAACCCAUCUCUGAUUCCUAUGGAUGCGUCAACUGGCAACCAGAUUCUUUCCCACAAAAUGAAAGCGAUGGAGUCAAAAAGAGAAAGAAGAAUGGUUAA